GACUGAGGAAAAAAAUGCAUUUGGGGGAAAAGACUAAUUUACAUUUAGACCAUGCUGCCAUCAAACCAUCAUAUUUUUUUCUACCGUUUUUAGCCCUCUUAAAAAUGUGUUAACUACAGAUCUUGUUUUUUUAAAGGAGUUUCUCGCGAGAAUACACAACAGCCCGGAAGUACGUCGAGCAGAGAUAUUCUAUGUAACAAGAGGAGCUCGUCGCAUUUUUUGUCGUAUUACAUUUAAAAAAAAAAGUACGCCAUUAAAAUUUUCGUUUAUUUUGUAGGCUAAUUUGCAGUGCUGUAGAAAGGAACGGAAUUAUGCCGAGUUUUGUUUCCUGUUCCAGGUAGUCGCAGACAAUUAACGCCACCAGUUAGCCGUCAGUAGUUAAUCUUUAUGCUUUGAAAGCAUCUCUGUUAGAGCGGGAAGCCAAGUAUUGUAAGUAGCAAUAACAAACGUUGCACCGAAUUCAACACAUUUGGUUUCAGAGUCCAAGACAAUAAGACGACCAAGGGCCGGCAUGUUCUCCGAUCUGAGCGCCCCGAGAGACGGCUCCUCUCUCUUGUGCCGCCCCGCCGAGGACGUGGGCCCCGUGUUCCAGAGGGCUUCCCCGGCCUACAGUCCCGGCUCCGAGCGCUUCGGGGUCGGUGAGCGGAGUUUCAAUCGUCAGUAUGCGCAUAUUUAUGCGGCACGACUCAUGCAGAUGAGACCGCUACUCACGGAGAAAGCCCAACAAAAGUGGGGAUCAGAUGUGCUGGUCCGGACACUGUGUGAUCUUCAGACGGGGGAGCAGUGCUGCAUUGUGGGAACUCUGUUCAAGCGUAUGGACUUGCAGCCAUCCAUUUUAAAAGAGAUCAGUGAGGAGCACAACCUGCUGCCCCAGCCUCCACGCGUCAAGUACAUCAGCGACAACGACGAGCUGCUUCUUGAGGACGAGCUGCAGAGGAUCAAACUGGAAGGGAAAAUCGACAGGGACAGGUGCGUCACAGGCAGUGUUAUCGCUGUGUAUGGAGCUGAGAGGAGUGAUGGGAAGUUCACGGUGGAGGACUUCUGCACAGCUGAUCUCCCCGCGCAGGCCGUAAGACCCGCACUCGACGCCGACAGAUUUGUUCUGCUCGUCUCUGGGCUGGGCCUCGGCAGCAGUGACGCCGACAGCAUGCUGGGCCUGCAGCUGCUGGUCGACAUGGUAACGGGUCAACUCGGCAACCAGGGGGAGCAGAGCGGAGCGGCGACGAUUACGAGGGUCUUGAUGGCAGGAAACCUCCUCAGCCAAACCACGCAGGACAAGGAUGUCUCGACCAAGGCCAAGUACCUGACCAAAAAGACUCAGGCUGGCAGCGUGGAGGCCAUUCGCCUAUUGGACGAGCUGCUGCUCCAGCUGGUGGCCUCGGUGCCAGUGGAUGUGAUGCCCGGCCAGUAUGACCCCACCAACUACACGCUGCCUCAGCAGCCUCUGCACCGCUGUAUGCUGCCUCUGUCCUCCGUCUACCCCACGCUGCAGCUGGCAUCGAACCCAUACCAGGCCACCGUGGACAGGGUGAGGUUCCUGGGCACCUCUGGUCAGAAUGUGAGCGAUAUCGAGCGCUACAGCAGCAUGGACAGUCAUCUCGAGAUUCUGGAAGAAACGCUGCGAUUGCGCCACCUUGCUCCUACAGCACCGGAUACCCUUGGUUGUUAUCCAUUUUACAUGAAAGAUCCGUUCAUCUUGGAAGAGUGCCCGCAUGUUUACUUCAGCGGCAACGCCCCAGCGUUUGAGUCGAAGCGCCUUACAGGCGCCGAUGGCCAAGAAAUCCUUUUGGUCACCGUACCAAAGUUCCAGAGCACCCAAACGGCAUGUCUCGUCAACUUGCGCACUCUCGAGUGCGAGCCGAUCAGCUUCUCGGCCUUUUCUGCGGGCGACGACGACGAGCUGAACGUCAGCCACUGAUGGUGGCGUCGUCCCGUCACGGUACUCGAGUUAUCUCGCACGGCGUGUUGUGACCAUUGCCUGAAAUAUACUUGUUCUUUUCACGUUGGUCUGCGAAACCUGACUGUUAAAUCUUCAGUGACAUACUGAAAAAUGUACAUUUGUCGAAGAACGAAAGUGUAAAUAAUUACAUCUUGAAUUUAUAAAAAGUUGGUUUUAAUGUGCAUCUGCAAUAAAAAAAAAAUCAUGUAUAAAAAGA